GACACGAGCCGGGGGUUUCAAUGUAGACGGAAACAGCCUUUGAUACCCGGAGGAGAGUUCACUGCGCACCCUACAUGUGUGGUUUGUGCAGGUAGUUGUCUCACUGCUGUCGCUUCUCAGUCCACCCGUCGAUGUUUUACACCUCAAUAUUACUCUGCAUAUACCGUACCUUUCUUACAAAGUGAUAUUUACCUGCAGCGUCCGGUUAUACCUAUACUUACCUGGCAGGUGUUCUCUUUGAAGAUUGCCGACAUGAAGGUGUUUAUGCUUAACGCUGUUCUACUGAUAACAGUUUCUGUUCUGGUCGAGAUGACUUCCGGGUUGUGCAGUGACCUUGGUAAAAAGUGCAGGAGCGGGAAGUUCCGGCGUGACCCGGGCGACUGUAACCUGUUCUGCCAGUGUGCCCAUGAACGCUGGUAUCAGAAGAGAUGUCCGCGCGGGCUGUACUUUGACGAGGUGCACAACGUGUGCAACUGGCCGGACCAGACCCCUAUGUGUGCCCCGCCACAAGGAUUGUGUGACCCGAAUCCGUGCCAAAAUGGCGGCACGUGCGUAAGUAACCGGUUGGGCUACAGCUGCACGUGCAGAGACAACUACGGAGGAAAUGACUGCGCUCUCAAACUAGACGCCUGUCAGGACAGUCCAUGUCAAAACGGCGGGAGAUGCCGAGUGACCCCUACCAACAAUGUCUUCUGUGAUUGCCCUAGCAGCUUCACGGGGGUCUUCUGCCAAGACACGACAUGCCCGCGCUACGAAUGCCCAAACAACGUGACAACAUUCAACUACCCCGACUGGCAGGAUGCCACGUGCAAGUCAUUCUUCAGCUGUGAGUUGGGCUCCUUACAGAGUCGUCAGUGUCCCGGGGAAUACCUUAUUCAGCUUUAUGCUCCUGAGGUGCGUGCAACCAGGCCAGUUGGAAUAUCCGUGCUCGCUCAACCUGGUCGACUCACGAGUAGAGUUUGGGAUAUAAUAACUUGAAGACGGAGCCCAGUCAGCUGGAGAGAACAGAAAUUCUUCCUUCAUUUGACGUUUUAAAUGCUAUAAUUGUACACUAUGAUUUUACAAAAUACGAUUACGUUUUCCUCAGAAAUAUAGAUGUCACAACCUUUCUGUUAAUCUAUGCGUUAUCGUGUAAAUGAUUUGGUGAUUUUACCCGUAAAAACCUAACACAGGCAUGUUCUUAAAUAUUAUCCGUUUCAUCAAACGUUUAAUAUUUUCAGGUUUUUAUUUUGGUAAUACUAUAAUUUAUAUUUAUUAAAGAUGUUGAAACUAUCACUGGACUCAAUCAUAAUUAUAGACAAGUUUUUGAUGUAUUUUUGUGAUCAUAUUCUUUUAUUCAAAUCAUAUUCAAGAUCACUGAAACGUGUUUUGUAAACGCCUGGAGUUAAUGAAUAUAAUAUUUGGCUACAAGUAUAAGAUGUAUGACAUUCGACACAUACUGCAUAUAACUUGUAUUAAAAGUAUUUCACUGACCGUUCUUCAAGAACAAUUUGUAAAUUAAUGACACAGCUUCUUGUAUACACCAUUUGAAUACUUGGUAACAAUGCGAAUAAACUUGAUCUUCGGUGGGAA